GAGCUUCACCCAUCACCCACCAAAUUAAACAGCGACCACCACCACCACUCAAGAUAUCCCUCAUCACUAUCUGAUCAGCUACUUCAACCCAUCGCUGCCCGGAAAGAAAAAAUGCGUGCGGCUCGGAUCCUACGUCAAGUCUCCAAUGAGGCCAAGAAGCCUGCAACCCAGCAACGUCAUACGGCCGCAGACCCGUUCUUGUAUCACACUAAACCUCCAUCUGCGUUUUGGGAAAAAUUCAGAAAGAUGAUGGCCAUCAAUCCGGAAUCAUCAUCAUCAGGAAUGCAAUUGAACGAGGUUUUCAGAUCGCCUCCGCCGGCAUCUAUCAAGACCGUCCAAGUGACACCGGCCUCCAAGGCCUCGGAUCCGGCCGAAAACCCGUACCAUGAGCGCGACUUUCGUCGGAUGUAUCCUCGCUUGGAGAUGGUCACCCAGACCGAUCUUGCCGACUUGUUGAUUGCGGCGCCUGAGCGAAUGCAGUUGCCUUCCCCUUCCUCCGCCACCUCCUCGGCCACCUCGCUCACUUCCGGAUCUGAGAACAGCCCCUCAUUGGCAGCCUUGUACCUCUCCUCAUCGGCUUCCUCCUCAGAAUCUUCAUCCACUUUUGUCCCCCCGACACCUCCUGGCAAGCCUCAUCGAUACAGUCUCGGUGAACAGCCCCCUCAGAACAAGGAUGCUCAUUUCCCCAUGUUGAAUUAUUCUUAAAGCUUUCGCAAUCACCAAAGGCAAAAAAAAGAAUAUAGAACAUAGACAUGAGCGAUGCUUCUUUUUCAGAAUUAACAUGCGAUGAUUAUCAUAAUCAAUCGGAAAAGAAGUAUAAUAGUCCGAACGAAGGCUUGAUAAACAUAUGAAUUUCUUCUCUAGAUCAACUCUCACUUACACUUUCUACACCAAUGCUUGAGAUCUAUUUUAGUCAGAUUCAAUUAUAUUGAUUGUUAUCUGAAAUUGAAAUGGUUCUUGUGUAACAAGGCAAGUGGAGAUCGAGAUGAUCGAUCUUA